UGGCAUUAAAGUUUGGUCACCUGACGUCACAACCUACGCUCCAAAUAUCGACGUCUAAUGACAUUGGCGUCCCACCAGGCUGCGCCUUCAGUGUUUUCACUGACUGUUAAAGAAAUGAGUGGAAGCCAAUGGCUGCUCAGAUGUGAGGAAAAAUGCUUUGAAACACUUUGAUAUAGUUUGUAAAAUUGUCAGAAAUAGUGUAUUUAUGAUUUUCAUAGCUGACAGAGUAAAACACGUAAAAUCACUGCUUUUGUUCUCUAAACUAAGCUUGAAGGAUGGAGAGGAAAUUUUAAGGAGUUUAAAAACAAGUUAAUAGUCAUUAAGUGGCUGCAGUGAUUUCUGAUUUGAUGACUGGAUGAAUUUCAGAAGCUGGUUGGUCAGCUGCACCUUGAGGUGACUGCAGAGUACGUGAGGAGGCUCCUGAAGGGACAAGUAAGACUUAAGGACAAAGAGCGACAGCUGAAGGCCUACAUGACCGUGAAGGAAAAUGCAGAGAAUCUGCACAGUUUAUUUGUCAAAAUGGGAUCAGACCAAGACUGGUUGAUGCAAAUCCUGAUCAAGAUCGCAGAAGUGCUCAAACUCCAAGACCUCCCUGCUAUUCAGAUGCAAGUAGCAUCACUGGGAACUGCUCAUCCUGAUCUCAGUGAAAAACAUGUGUCAGCAUUGCUCAAACUCAAGACCAACCUCUCGAAAGUCGACAGGAGAACUGUGAAAGAAACUCUGUCAGACACAUUAAGGGAAACAGGAAGUGUCGACCUUUCUUGUCCGUUUUUCUCCAGAGUUCAUCUGAAAUGAACUCCAGAAAAUCAUUCUGUUGUUGUCAUUUAAAAACCGACUGAAUAUCUGGUUGUAUAUUAACCCUAACCUAAGUGUGAUGAGUUGGACAGGAUAUUGAGUGACUGUAAAAUGAUGGGAUUUGUUGUUAGUUACCGAAUGAAUGUAUUAGUUCAUAUUAUUGCUGUAAACAUUUUAUUGCUCAGAAAUGUCAGUGUAUUUUUUGUUUAAAAGGACCAGUUCAGUUAUUUUUCUCACAGUGUAGCCUACAUAGUUUAUAUCAAAUGAGUUUAUUUUCAUAGUGUGUGUAUUUUGUAUAUUUUGCAUCACAUGUGCAAUAAAAGGAGAGGUCAAGAUUU